CUCCCAAGGAUGUUCAAACUAUCAAUGUUGGUACAUCUUCGAAAGUUGAAGGAAAAUCCGAGAAAAAAACAUCGACUUUCCCAAGAGAACCAUCUACAGCUUCUAUGGAGGGUAUUGAGCACGCCGGUGUUGUCUCAUCUACGAAAGACAGAGAGGUUACUUCAACAACUCCAAGCAUUGAAGAAAUCAAAAAGUGGAAGCGAGGAGAUGUUAUAAAUUUUUUGCAAGAGAAGAAAGAAGAGCUUGACCUUGAGGAGGAGGAUAUUGAAAUAAUCAGAAAGAAUAGGGUCACUGGUCAAGGAUUCCUAUGUUUAAACGAAGCAAAACUUAUGCAUGAUGGCUUAACUCAAGGACCAGCAAAAUCAAUCACAUAUUUGAUUAAAACUCUUAAAGGUGAAGAAGAUUUGAGGAACUGUUUAGUAUUGCAAAAUUUACUUAUUUUCAUAACAAUUUUACAUCUGACAACUAUAACUGCAAUAUUGUCUCUUUUUUCACUUCUUAUAUUUCUUAUUAAUAUUGCAGAUCAAAUAUAUCAAACACAAGAUCAUAGGAGUUUGCAGGAGAUUGUAGAAAAUGCAGUGAAUAAAGCAAUGAAAGAAAAACAAUUUGAAGUGAUAAGUGUAUCAAAGCUGAGUGGUACCAAGAUGAACAAAAUUGAGAAAACUAUGGGUUUUGAAAACAUGCGACUUAGUGUCAGAGAUUUUCCAGACUCUUCAGCUAUAGAGUGUGAUGGAUUCAAUUGGGAUAUGGGCAAAGAUGAAGACAAACAAAUGCAGGAUGUCAAAAACUGGUUUAAAAAUGUAUUAAAUUUAGGAGAAUACUAUUCUGUUGAAGAUGUCCAUAAAUCUACAAAAAAAGAAGUAACAUUAAAUAAAGCUUGUACUAUAUUACAGGGUGGAACUGAUAUUUUCAUUGGCCCAAGUCUAACAGGAUGUGUCUAUGUAGAAACAAAGAAAUUGCUCCAAGGAUCAAAAUUAGAAGAAUAUCAAGCUAAAGGAGAACUACUUAUUGCAAAUGCAGAUGUUGCAUUAGAUGUAUUGGUCGUAUUGACAUAUUGCAAUGAAAAGUGGACUAUCUUUUUCAUAACCAAAGUUGAAAAUCCAGUUGAGCAAUAUUUCAUUGUAACUGCAGUAAUUGAUGACCGUGGCAAGGCAUUAAGUAUAAUCAAAUGUUUUGUUUUAGAACAGGGAAGCAAAUUUGAUAGCAUUAUGGGAAUGAAUAAGAGAGAGAGUUUAGAAAAUUUUAUAAAUAUUGAAGGUCCAUUAUCAAAAAAGGCAAAGUUCAGAGAAGCUGUUAUAUUUUGUGAUGAGAGAAUGUUGGAUAUGAUUCCAGAUAUGACAGAAGAUGAAUUAUUUCGUAUGAAAAUGAGGUGGGAAUUAAAGAUGCUUGAAAAAUCAGCUAAUAUUGAUGAGAAACCUAUUAUACAACAGUACAUAUCAGCUUUUAGUGAUGAUUACAAAAAUCAUGAACCAUCUGAAAGUGGAAGAGCUGGUAGAAGUGGUGCACAGGCAAGAAUUAUUAUAUUUUAUUCAAAAAGUGAAUUAAAACUUUUAUAUUGGAUAAUUUCAGAAAAAAGAGAAUAUAUAAGUGAAGAAGAGACAAUUGAGAGAAAAAUUUGCCUUGAACAAAGUCUUGAAAAACUUAAUGAAGUCAUGUAUUUUUGUGAAGAAAAAUACAAAUCAAUGGAUAAUCCUGAAUUGAUUAAUAUAACUUCAGAUGCAAUCAGAAUUGCUAAUAUUGUUGAAAAAAUGAAAGAAGAAUUUGAUGAUGUGAUUACUCAUGAUGAUAUAAUUGGUGUUUUCCUUCAACUAAAAAACAAAAAAUUGAUAAACAAAAAAUUAAAUUCACUUACAAUAUAUAAUGAUAGUACUAUUAGAAAUUCAUGUCAAGCAACCCAUUUGCUAGAUGAUUUAAUAACCAAAAAAAUAAUUUGUGAAGUUAAGUUGUAUAAAUCAAGUGUUGGAUUUUGGACACUAGAUUCAAAAAUUGUAGGCAUUGCAGAAGAGGCAGAAUCAAUGAUUUAUUCUACUUUGUGGAAUUAUUAUUUGAAAUUAUUAUAUUUUAUUUUAUGUGAUAACACCGAUUUUAACAUUAGGAAAUUUAUAAG